UGAGGCCGCCCAAAGCCGGGCGGAAGCGGCGCCGUGCCGGAGCCGCGCGGGCGGGCGGCGCAUGCGCGGGCGGGCGGGGCCGCGCCCGGGUUCCUGCCUGGCUCCGCAGCUCCGGCGCGGGGCGGCCCGCAGUUCCAGCUGAAGGAACAAACUCCAUCUACAUGUGCUUCGCUACUCAUUGGAAGAAUGACAGAUGACAAAGACGUGCUUCGAGAUGUGUGGUUUGGACGAAUACCAACCUGCUUCACGCUGUAUCAGGAUGAGAUAACCGAAAGGGAAGCUGAGCCUUACUAUUUGCUUUUGCCAAGAAUAAGCUACUUGACGCUGGUAACAGACAAAGUGAAGAAACACUUCCAGAAAGUUAUGAGACAAGAAGAAAUUAAUGAAAUAUGGUUUGAAUAUGAAGGUACACCACUGAAGUGGCAUUACCCGAUUGGUUUGCUCUUUGAUCUCCAUGCAUCAAAUACAGCCCUUCCUUGGAACAUCACAGUGCAUUUCAAGAAUUUUCCAGAAAAGGAUCUUCUACACUGCCAUUCUAAGGAUGUGAUUGAAGCUCAUUUUAUGGCUUGCAUAAAAGAAGCAGAUGCUUUAAAGCACAAAAGUCAAGUCAUCAAUGAGAUGCAAAAAAAGGAUCAUAAGCAACUGUGGAUGGGGUUACAGAAUGAUAAAUUUGAGCAAUUUUGGGCUAUAAAUCGAAAACUCAUGGAGUAUCCUCCAGAAGAUAAUGGAUUUCGAUACAUCCCAUUUAGAAUUUAUCAGGCAACAACAGAGAGACCUUUUAUACAGAAGCUGUUUCGACCAAUUGCUUCAGGAGGACAAUUGCAUACUUUGGGAGAUCUGCUAAAAGAUGUGUGUCCUAGUGCUAUCACCCCUGAAGAUGGAGAGAAGAAGACCCAAAUCAUGAUUCAUGGAAUUGAGCCGAUGCUGGAAACACCGAUACAGUGGCUAAGCGAACAUAUGAGCUAUCCAGAUAAUUUUCUUCACAUUAGUAUCAUUCCCCGACCUAUUGAUUGAACCUUGGCUGUAUUGGUAUGAGGAUCAUUCUCAAGCUGGAAUUAUAAGGACACGUUAACUUCUUGCUUCAGUCAGCCUUGAGAGAGGCAGCCUGACCAGAAAAAAAGAAAAAGAAACAAAACAAGAAGUCCUCACUGCUGCAAGCCAAACAGGAAGAGAGAUCCUAUCAUCAGAUAAGGGCAAUUGGGUUGAUCUUAUUUUGCAUCACCACUGCUUUUCUUCACCGCUGUAAUUAAACUUCAGUUGCGAUAUGAAAGAAUUUACAGGACCUCUGCAAGUCUGCUGUUUUCUUGUAAAAUAUAAUGAAGCUGAAACUGUCAGCCGAAGAGCAAAUGGAAAUAUGCCACUCGAUUGUAUUUCUGAUUAACAAAUAAACAGGGCUAUUUCCUAAAGCGGUAGUGUUUCAACUUUGAGAGUGGAAACAUUGGUUUAAUUUUCUAGAAAGUUAGACACUGAGAGAUUUAGUUACCAAUAGCUUUUUGUAAAAGAUCAAAUUACUGUAAACCCAUCUUUCCUUAAUGAGAAUUUCAUGUUUACAGUAUGUGUAUUCGUAUGCAAAUGAUCUUUUAACUUUGAUAACAAGCAGUGAGAGAUUUUAAAAGUAAACCCAUGGCAUGUUUUGUCAUUUAAAAACAUGCACAACUUAAUAAUUUACAAAUACUUUUGAUUUGUAUGCUGUCACUGAAUACUCCAGUAUGUUUAUUAUUCCAACCAGUUUUCAUAGACUAGCAAUGAUGUGGGAUAAUUUGUCUCAGGAUUUGUCAUGGCAUUUCUUUGUUUUCAUCUAUUUUUUUCUGUGAGAAUAUUUUCUUACAUUAGUUUAAAAAGUUUAAAAAAAAAAAAAGAAGUAAACGGAUGUUGCAAACUAUUGUAUCCUGCUGUUUAUUCCCAUAGAGUAGAAAACAGUUAAAUCAUAGAAUGAUGAACAGAUGUAUUGCUUUUUAAUAAUUCUGAGUUUUGGAAAGCUGAGGCUUUUCCAAGCUAAUACUUCCCUGCAUCUGAGUUUAGUUUUCUACUGUGGUCCCUGGGCAAUCAAUCUGAAAUUUGAAAGGUUAGAAUCUCAUUGCACAGAUUUUUACUUAUUUUAGCAGAUGUAUUUUUAGGUUACUGGGUUGCUUUGUUUUCUAAAUGUUUCUUACCAUUACAGCUGCUACUAGGACCCUACCAUUUUUUGUGUUAUGUUGAAUUCAUCAAACUGUGCAGUAUUGCUUUGUCUGCAGUUUCUGGUUGGUUGUGGCACAAAGCUAUGUUUAUAUAGAUGUAUUAUCGAGUAUGUCAAAUAUUAUCAAAUAUAAAGAAAGCAUGACAUUUUUCUAUCCAAAAAAAGGUAGCUGUUGAAGUUCCUACUUAAAAUUUUAGCUUGCAAAUGUCAUGAUAACUACCACUGUUAUUCUCAUUCUGCUUUCUUUCUGUUCUCCCUUUAUGGGAGGAUGCUUACCUGUAGCUGAAAAAGAACAAAAUGGAAAUCAAUCAAACAAACAAAAACUCUUUUAGAAGCAUGGGGGAGGGAUCUCUUUGGGUGAGGAUAGAAUUGAGGUUAGAAAAGCCCAAAGGGCAGAAAAAUGUCAAUAGAACAGAUUAGAUAGUGUUUUAAAUGUAAAUGAGGAAAUGGCAUUAAGGAAAAGGAAGGAAAAAAAGUAAUAGGGAAAUAAACAUACGCUGUAUUCUGCAGGUCAUGAAGAAUCUUUUAAAAGAAAUGAAACAUGCUGAUCUGUGUUUAUGCAGAAUUGAAAUAUAAUAUUCUUAUAGGGGGGUGAUUUGGUUGAAUUAUUCUAAUUUCCAGUUCUGUUUGGAAUUUCUGGUACAGUGCUGGAUUGGCAUUUAUAAACUUUUGUAGGCAGACACAUCUAAAUAUUCUGGAGAAUUUCAAUGUCCUGCCAGUGAAUAAAACAAAUAUUUUGUAGCCUUCAUAUUGAGGAAAAAGAAAGUCUUUUGUAGAAUUAAUUUUUCCAUUAAUCAGGAUGAUGUUACAAGAGGCAGUACAUUAGAAAGUGUAAAGAUUGUUUCCUUCAUUUGAAGGUAAACUGGAGUAAGUCGCUGGCUAUUUUAAUGCAUUUUAAUUUAAUUUUAAAUUACACCAGCAGUUUAAGUAGCGAGUGCUCUUCUCAUGGCCCUUAUUUGCUAGUAAAUCCAACUUUAAAGGCCUAGCGUGAAACAAAGAGCUUGGCUUUAAAACAUACUCCUAUUAAAUUAUUUAAACAUUAUUAAAAAAAAUAGAACAAA